AUUAAAUUCUCUGCCCAUUAGCCUAUUGUAAGCUAUUGUGUACUUGUACAUUUCCGAUUCCUGUUUUCAAGAUUUCUACUAUUCAUCCACAUAUCCCUGAAAGGUACAAUCAGAGAAUUAGGAGGAACACACUUAGGAGAAACCGCAUCCCAACAGUGCCAAAUCGCAGCCGAAUUUGAUCUGUUUUGUAGUCAACCUGAAGCAAAGCUGAACUGACACGAUUCCUUUCCUUUUGCCCCGAAGUAAAACACAAACUCACUCUCCAUCUCCAUUCAGUUUCCUCUUUUUUAAUUACUAUUAUUAUUAUUAUCUCUUCUUCUUUCCUCUUCCUCAAAUUUCCGCAUCCAAAAAAUGCUUAAAGCUCGUUGAUUCUUCCUCCUGAAAUCUAAAUCGUCGAAUCCGAAUUCGAGCAUAUCUUUUCACCUUUUUCUUUACAUCAAUUCCGAUUGCUUUCUACGAUUCUACGAUUCUCCGUGAUUUUCCAAAACCCUAUAUACCAUCAGUAAUUCGCGUUGCUCAUAGAUUCUCCAGAUGGAGGAGGUGAUUUUGGAGCAGAUAGACGCAGCUGAUUGGGUGUACAGAGGUGAAGGAGCUGCUAAUCUUGUUCUCGCUUACACCGGAUCCCAUCCCGCUUUUAUUGGCAAAGUGAUUCGCAUUCAAAAAGCGCCAAGGAAUGGGAAACGUAGAGUUAAUGGUAAUGGACAAUUCACUGCACAUGAACAGCUUGUAUGGGGAGAGAUCACAGAGUUAAUGUCAUCCUCCUCAACCAGAGAAAAUUUGGAGCAACUUUAUGUCAAGCAUGUCAUAUGCCCUUUUCUUGGUCCCAAACAUGUGGAUGCUGGGAUGCGUGUCCGUGUGACCAAGGAAUUUCUAGAGUCUGUGGAAAAGAAUGUGAUUUGUAAGCGUCCUGCUUGGCGAGUUGAUGCAGCUCAGGUUGACACAUAUUGUGAUUCUGUGCUCCUCAUUUCUGACCAUUCACUUUUCCCAAAUGGAACUCUUAAAAGUGGAGCAUGCAUUUCUGUUGAGAUAAAGCCCAAAUGUGGAUUUCUUCCAUCAUCAAGAUUCAUUGCUGAAGGAAAUGCGAUAAAAAGAUGUGUAACUCGUUUUGAAAUGCAUCAAGCAUUGAAGUUGCAUCAAAAAGAGAUUUCAGAAUUAAGUAGAUAUAACCCAUUGGAUCUAUUCUCUAAUUCUAGAGACAGGAUAUGCAAAGCUAUCAAGGCUUUGUAUGCUACCCCUCAGAAUAAUUUUCGGGUAUUCUUGAAUGGUUCUCUAAUAUUUGGGGGCCUCAGUGGUAGCGCAGGAAGCACUAGUUUUGUCACCAGUGAGGCUUUUGAAGAUGCACUUAAGGCUGUCAUUCAGGCAGACAAUGGUUUGCGUGCUAUGAGUUUUAUACAACUUGUUGCUGACGCAGUUUAUACUUCUGGAGUAUUAAAUCACCUGCUUGAAGUGCAGAAACUUGAUACUUUGGAUAUUGAAGGGGCAAUUCAUGCAUAUUAUAACAUAAUUUCUCAACCUUGCAUGGUUUGUAGAGAACUGAAUGAAAAUAAAGUAUCAGAUUGCUUUACCUCAUUGCACUCCAUUCCUUUGGAUGAAAGCUUAAAGAUUGUGAAGGACUUUUUGAUUGCUGCAACUGCAAAGGACUGUAGUCUCAUCUUAUGUUUUAGACCAAGGGAAGGAGAGGAUGCUGGAUCUUUGUACAAUAACAUACAUUUUGAGUCAACCAAACAAUCUUUUGAUUACAAGGCAUGCUUUAUCGACUUGGAUUUGAAACCUUUGAAUAAGAUGGAGUACUAUUAUGAAUUAGACAAGAGAAUAGUUUGUUUCUACACCCAAAUGAUGAAAAUGGAGGAUGGAGCCGAUAAGGCUUUUAGGAGAAACAAUUAUGGAAGUAUAUUGAGAUAAGGUCCAUGCUGCAAAGGUCAAUUUUUUUGGCUGAAGAGAGUACUGGUAAGCGCAAGCUUAAUUUCAUAUGUUGUCCAAAAGUGUUGUUGUAACUGAAAUGUUUGUAAUAGUGCUGAUGGGCACUGCUUAACUUUUGGGUUAGAAAUUAGAAUCUUCCCUUUUCUUCCCAUUUUGGGGCAUAUAGGCCUGUGUCCUUUAUGUUAAACUAUCCAUAUGCAGCAUUUUCUUUCUAUGGUACCUGAAAAAUUCAAUAAUAUUCCAAUGAUUGU